AUGGCCCUCACGCUCAAGUCAGCGGCGCUGUCUCUCGUGCGACGCCGCCUGGUCAUCCGCCGCUGCCUGCCGCUGCUAUGCCUCGUGCCUCUCGCGGUGCUGACGCUGCGAAUCUUCUCGGCAAAUCCAGAACGAAGACAAGAAAUCCCGAAUGCUCGUUUUUUGGAAGAGCUAAAAUCUUUCACUGAUAGCCCGGUAAAGCAGGAGAUUACGAUGGCGAAUGCCGCCAACGACGCGAAAGCCGACCUGGACGCCGUCUGCUCUUCGCUCAGCAAGCAAAAAGAUCUCGUCGAGUGUCCACCCCACAUUGGCACCGACGCACAAGACUGCAGGCGCCGUGGUUGCUGCUGGAUUGCCAGAGCAGGGCAACAGGCAGGGUGCUUCAUGCCACCGUCGUACCUUCGGUACGUGGUGUUCGAUAGUGACGUCACAAGCACCUCUUCCAGGCUGUCGUUGAACCGCUCGGAUAGGCCGGUGCCAGGCGAGUCGGCCACUGUCACCGUGGACAUCACCAGGGUCACGUACGACACGAUCCGAAUACGCAUCAGGGACAGAAGUCGGCGUGAGUUCGUGCCUCCGGUGCCCGUGAUCGAAGAGGAAUACGUGGACCUUUCGCUGCCGUGUGGUUACACGGCAAGGCUUAGCGACAAGAACAUCCUUAGCAUCGUAGCCAAGGAGACCCGCAGAGCUCUGGUGGAGUUCGACCUCCCGCACCUGUACUACACAGAGCGGGACAAGUACGUGACGCUCCGACCCAAGGCCCGGUACGCCUACGGAAUCCGAAGCACCCCGUCAGCACGGCCGUUCCUCGAUUUGAGCGCGGAAUCGGCGAGACACCUCUUCUAUGCGGGCUCCGGCUCGGCAAAGAACCGAGCUGUCAAGGGGACGUACUUGGCCGACCACCCCUUCCUGCUUCUGGCAUCAGCCGCUGAAGGAACGGCACACGGAGUGUACCUACACAACGCAAACGAGAUCGGUGGGUGGCUGGAGUCUGGUCUUGUAUAGCGAAACAAAUGUCUUCGCGCGACGUGCUGGGCGGUGUAUUAAUGCGAAAGCGUUAAGGGUCCCGUGUAGCAAGAAACCUGG